CACAAUGACACCGUCCCGCUGCCAGCAGGAAACACUAUUAUCCUACCUCACCAGACACCCGGGUGAGAAUACCCCACCCCACUUCCUUUCUGCCAAGACUAAUAAUAUCCACAAUAUGGUUGUCCAUUCUAGCCGCCAUCCCAAGCGCUCGCUACACACUCGAUCACCGUACAGUACCGUACGCUCCCGGCUCAGGAGGUGUGUGGGAAGCGUAAAGAGGGGAAAAGAAAAGAAAAGCCACACUCGUAAAGAUAUGCCGACCCGACCACCACCAUCACCAAUCGUCACGAUUAAAAGUCUCCAUAGCACCAACUGCUCGAGUACUUGUACCUGUACUGUUGCCAGCCCUACAGCUCCACGUGCACUAGGAACCUUCGGGCGAUUUUCCCCCACCCGCCCAGUCGAAACUUCUACAAGGGCAUUGUUUAAC